AUGACGACCACGGGAGAGUUCUUCUAUCUCGACCCGGCUAGCAUCAGCCCCACGACCAAGCCGUGGGCCAAAGUCGACGGCGGCUCCACCUCGUCCUUCAGGCUGACCGCCCGCCAGCGCAGCGUGACAAACCUGCGCGACGCCCUGCCCGCCGCCACUCUCCCCUCCGGCCCGCUGCCGGGCGUCUUCGGCGGCGACAUCGACGUCGGCGGCUUCGCCGCCUUCCACGCACCCCUCAACUCCGACACGGCGGACCUCUUCACCACCGACGCGGCCGUGCGCGAGCGCUACUACCCGCAGGUCGAGGCGCUCCUGCGCGCCAACCUCUCCGGCUCCUCCGGUGCCGGCAAGGUCGCGCGCGUGGUGAUCUUCGACCACACCAUCCGGCGGCACGACCCGGCGGCGCCGCGGCAGCCGGUGCGCCAGGUGCACGUGGACCAGACGCCGGCGGCGGCGGCCGCGCGCGUGCGGCGGCACGUCAAGCCCGCCGCGGACGCCGAGGCGCUGCUGCAGCCCGGCCGGCGGUUCCAGAUCAUCAACGUGUGGCGGCCGAUCGGGCACGCCGCGGCGGACUUCCCGCUGGCCGUGGUGGACUGGCGCUCGGCGAAGGGGGAGGGCGACGGCGGCGAUCUGGUCCCCGUUGAUCUGCUCUACCCCGUGCGGAACAGGGCCGAGGGCGAUCCGGAUGACGAUCGGGGGAAGGAGGUGCCGCCGGACGGCGGGGAUGGUACGGAGGGGUACGAGGUCAAGGGGGAGACGUACGGGGUGCUGCCGAACGAGGCGCACCGGUUUUACUACGUCAAGGACAUGGCGCCGGACGAGGCGCUGUUCAUCAAGUGCUUCGACAGCUGGUCGCAGGGCCAGCCCGGCGGGAAGAAGGGCGUCUCUGGGUUCACGCCGCACACGGCGUUUGUGGAUCCGGCGACGCCGGCCGGGGCGAAGCCGAGGGAGAGCAUUGAGGUGCGCUGCUUGGUGUUCUAUGAUGAGUAG